AUGGCUUUUGGAAUUAUCAACCCAGCGUCCAACUCGCAGCCCCAGGGCACAUCUCUGCUUGAGUCUCUCGAGGGCGAGAGCAACGGCAACACAGGAUAUGUCGUUCUGGUCCCGGAGCCAUCAGCAUCUCCAGAUGAUCCACUCAACUUCAGCCGAGUCCGAAAGGAACUCAUGUUCGGAACCCUCGUACUGGGUGCCUGCUCGAUGGGUGUCAUAGGUCCUAUCCUUGUUCCAGGAUUCAACAUUGUCGCAGCCGAAUUUGGUUUUACGUCGUUGACCAAGGUUACUCUACUCAACGGCUCGUUGAUAAUUGGACUUGGUGUCAGCUCCUAUCUGUGUGCAUGUCUGUCGGUGGUUUAUGGGAAACGACUUGUCUACAUAACCACAACCCUCCUGACGCUGGUUUCGUGCAUCUGGGCUGCUACAUCUAAAUCAUACGAAUCUCUGCUCGUAUCUCGUCUUUUCCAAGGGUUUGGAAUGGGAGCAUUCUUGUCCGUGGCCGGGACGGCAUCUAUCAACGAUAUAUUCUUUGUGCAUCAAAGAGGCCUUCGAGUUGGCGUCUGGAACCUCGCAGUGACAGCAUCGAUCAACAUCGCCCCAACCAUAAGUGCGCAAGUCAUAAUUGCUUUGACUUGGAGAUGGACCUUCUGGCUCAUAAGCAUCACCUACGGAGUUGUCCUUGGCUGUGUCAUUUUGUUCUUACCAGAGACAAGCUUCGAUCGACCCAUAGCGCAGCCAUCACACUUGCCAACUCCAUGCUCACAGGGAAGCACCCAUAGUGGAAAUGACGGGGAGAAAAAGAGUGCCCAGGACAUGGCCGCUCCAGUCACUGAUCUGGAUCUGGGAACUACACGCCCAGAACGAACAAAGGUACAAAAGAUUUUGGGUCUGGGCACAUUUGAAAUCCGACACCAGCGCCGAGUUCUUUGGCUAUGUGUAUCACCGGUAAAGACCCUACUUCACCCAGCUGUGAUUUGGAGCUGUCUCACCUACUCAGCCGUCUUCACAUGGAUGAUCAUUCAAGGAGCGGUAGCCGCUCAAAUCUUUGCAGCACCGCCAUACAGCUUAUCUGCGAUUGGUGUUGGAAAUCUCGUGGGCGUUGCGCCUUUGAUUGGUUCGAUCCUUGGUACAAUCAUUGGCGGACGCUUGUGUGAUGACAUUAGCAAGUUCAUGGCUAAGCGAAACGGUGGUAUCUUCGAACCAGAGUUCCGUCUGGUUAUCAUGGUGCCCUUUUUGAUUACCAUGACUGUCGGAUCAUUUGGCUUGGGUGAAGCAGUCCACCAUGGACUUUCUCCGUACGUGUGUGGUGUCUUCCUCGCCAUCCUCAACUUUGCAAUCGGUGUCGGCUGCACCGGGAUUGUCGCGUAUUCCAACGACGUCUGCACGAACAAACCAGGUGAAGUCUUCGGUAUUGCCAUGUUGAUCAAGAGUUCGUUCGCUUUCGGACUGACAUUCAUGCUCAAUGACUACCUAACAAACCACGGCCCUCGAGUUUUCUUCGCCACAUGGGGUGGUUUGACGGUAGGCGUCUCGUUGUUGACUAUUCCGAUGUACAUCUUUGGCAAGUGCAUUCGAGCUUGGGCUCAGACUAAUCAUAUUGUUGUGUGA